AUGCCAAAUCCACCGCCAGACUCCAGGCGACCAUCCUCCCCAAACAACUCUACUGCAAAACACGGACCACAGCCGCACUCAACCACCACCCCGUCCCGUCCUGCCCAUCCCAUCUUGUCCUACCUGUACCGCCCCGUCCUACCCAGCACGCCCAUCCCCACAACAUCUGUUAAAUCUCCUGAAACAGGCCACCGCUCAUUUGUCUGUUUGGCACAAUCGGACCCACCAACAGCUACCCCCCAACCCGUCUCCCCCUUGUUUCUGACUCCACCGGUCUCCCCGCCCGUCCCAAUGGACUUCCCCAUCUCAACUGCCUCUCACCGCCCAGCUCAGGCCUUCCCUGUCCCUGACAUCGCUUCUCUCAACUUCUCAACUACCACCCAGCACCCCAUCCAGCUCACCCAUGAUCAAAUCCAUCAUCCUCAAUCUCUUGCAAGACAACCUGUUCCCCAUGCUUGA